UCAGUACAACAACAAAAUUCCAACGCAACGCUAAAAAAAAGUUGUCAAAAAAUCCGAAAUAAGUUUAAAAAAUUAAUAGUUACCGUGUGUAAAUAUAGCCGCGUGGCUCGUUCAAAACCUUUCUCGUAGUACGGUGUCGAAAUUCCAGCUUUAUCUUAUCCGCUUCGUGUACUUGUGCCCCUGCCAACCCCCUCUCCCAGCGUCCCAUAACUGUGUCAACGGCAACGUCGCGUAUGUGAGAGCCAGCGUGUACGUGUAUGUGUGUGUGUGCAAAGAGUGCAGCAAUUGAUAAGCAAUUUGUUUCAAUCUAAAUUUAACUCAAUUUAAAACAAUCUGUGCAUAUCAUUGCCCAAAAUCGUAUAUAUCUAAAGUGUCUCAGCCUUAAAAAUAGAUGCCAUAAUUUAUGCAUAUCUUCAGUUCCGCAUUUUUUUGAAUUCGAAACGAAGCAGCAGCAACAACAACAACAAAAGCGGGUUUUUGUUUAUUUUUCAAGACCACCACACCACCGAAAAAAAGAAAUACCGCUUCAUCAGCUGUUGGAGAGCGGCUAAGAGAGCGAGAAAGAGCGCCGUAUGUGCGCGCCAAAAAAACGGCACUUUAACGCACAGUGGGACCGAUGCCUGUGAAAAGCUGAUGAAAAAUCGUUCCAGCAAAAAGAAGAAAUUCCGCAAAAUCCCCCCUUAGUCCAGUUUUUAAAUCGUCUUUGAGUUCUCGUUGUUAUUCGCGUGUGAUCCAAUCAACUAAAAAGUGAAAAAAAAAAAAUAAUAAUUAGUGCAAAAUGAGUGAUAAUCCCGAUACGCCUGCGGAAGGAGCAGCAGCGCCAGCAGCAGCACCACCACAAGCAGAUCCCGAGCAGGCGGUGGCUGCUUCAAAGAUACCAGGUCCAAGCACUCGCUCGAAUAUACCCACGCCCGCCUCCUCCGUGACCGGAGCAGCAACCGCCAGCAAACUGAAGGCGCCCUCCAACUUUGGGUCCUCGAACUCCAUAAGUUCAGUGUCGAGGAUCGGGCGACUCUGCUGCGAUCACACAACGCCCAAGUCGGGCCCACCACCCAGAGACACAAACAGCAUGAGUCGUGAAAGCGAUGACAAUUUGAGUUCGAUUAAUUCGGCUUACACAGAUCUCUAUCAAGAGACUGUCAAGCGCUUCACGCGCUCCUCGCUCUCACCCACAUCCGACUGGGAACGCUACUCGCCCUCGCCCUCGCGCCGCUCGACUGGAAGUCGCACAUCUUAUGAUUAUUAUCUAGAGGCCACUGGGCGACGUCGCAGCUCAGAUCACAACAGUGCCGUGCUGACAGCCAACACCGAACAGUUUAUCAUCGGCCAGAAGGUAUGGGUUGGUGGACUCCGUUCCGGACAGAUAGCCUACAUCGGCGAGACACACUUUGCACCCGGCGACUGGGCGGGCAUUGUCCUGGACGAGCCAAAUGGUAAAAACGAUGGCUGUGUGUCGGGCAAGCGGUACUUCCAGUGCGAGCCCAAACGUGGCAUCUUCUCGCGCCUCACGCGUCUCACGGUGUACCCCAUGUCCGGGGCACAUACGCCCACAUCGCCCUUGGCCAAGUACUCACCGGAACGUUCGCGCACAGUGUCGCCAACGGCCAGCAUUCGUAGCUCCAUGAUGCGCAGUCCUGGCAUAGGCAAGAACGGCAUGGCUGUGGGCGAUCGUGUGAUUGUCUCAUCGGGCUUUGGCAGUCGUCCGGGCAUCCUACGAUAUCUGGGCGAGACAUCGUUCGCACCCGGCAAUUGGUGUGGCGUGGAGUUGGACGAUGCCAGCGGAAAGAACGAUGGUGCUGUAGAUGGUAUAAGAUACUUUGAGUGCAAGCCCAAGUUUGGGGUGUUUGUGCCCAUUGCCAAGGUGUCCCUGUCGCCGUCGUCGAAGAAGUCGCGUUUGUCGCGUGCCGGUUCCCGGGAAUCCCUCACAUCGAUCGGCACCAUGAACAGCAUUGCCACCACAAAUACGUCGCGCAUGCGCAUGAAUGCUCAGCAGCGCAAGUCGAGCACGCCCAGACCCAUUGUCACGACGCCGAAAAGCCAAUUUUCCAUGCAGGACCUGCUGCGCGAGAAGCAACAGCAUGUGGAACAGCUGAUGGUGGAGCGCGAGCUGGAUCGCGAGGACUCACAGAACCAGGCGCUGCAGCUGCAGAAGAACAUCAACGAGCUAAAGUCCAGAAUUGUUCAAUUGGAGUCGCAAUUGGGCGACGAGCGCAAGAGAUCGGAGGACUUACAGUUCUCAAUAGAUGAGGCCCAGUCCUGUGGCGAUGAAUAUAAUGCUCAAUCGCAGGUGUACAGGGAGAAAAUCCACGAUCUGGAAUCGAAAAUCACGAAGCUGGUUUCGGCCACGCCCAGUCUGCAGAGCCUCCCAGCCCCCCAACAAGCAGCAGCAGCAGCAGCAGCAGAGGAGGAGGAGGAGAGCCCACUGCGUGAGGAGAUCGCCCAACUGCAGGACAAGUUGAGGGCACAGCAGCAGGAGACUGAGGCGCGUCUGGCCGAGCAGCUGGAGGAGGAGCAGCGGCUGCGGGAGAACAUCAAGUACCUGCAGGAGCAGAAUGGCGUGCUCCAGGCAGAGCUGCUGGGCAAGGACGAGUCGCUGGAGAAGUUCUCGCUGUCGCAGAGCGGCAUCGAUAACCUGCGCCGCGAACUGGCCCUGCUCAAGGAGGACAACGAAAAGCAGGCGCAGCAGGCCCAGGCGGCCUUCGACGAGAAGUUGGCGGCCAAAACGGAGGAGCUGGCACGCGUGUCCGCGGAACUGCAGCAGCUGAAGAGUGCCGCCGAUACGCUGGAGAGCCAGCGGGAAAACAUGACCGACGAGUACGAGAUUCUGCAGACGGAGCUGCGCAUGCGGGACGAGCAGAUCAAGGAGCAGGGCCAGCAGCUGGACGAGCUGAACACCCAACUGAAUGUGCAGAAGGCGGACAACUGCGCCCUGGACGACAUGAUACGGCAGCAGAGGGCGAGCGCCGAAGAGGGAAGCGUUCAGCUGAAGCAGCGGCUCGAUGUGCUCAACCAGGCCAACGAGACGGUGGAGCGGCACGAACAGCGUGUCCGGGAACUGGAGCAGCAGCUGGCCGAGGCGCGGCAACUGCUGGAACUGGAGAGGCCAAAGCAGGAGCAAAGUUUGACGGCCAUCAAGCAGCUCGAGCAGGAGAAAUCCACGGUGCAGGAGCAGCUGGCUGCCAAGCUGGCCGAGCUCGAGGGCUGCCACAAUCAGCUUACGGAGCUGAAGCUCGCCAGCGAAUCGAUGGAUCUGCAAAAGGACCAGAGCCUAAGCAAAGCCCAAGAGACGCUCUCACAGCUGACGCUGCAGCUGGAGCAAAAGUCGGAGGCAUACGAGACGCUGCUGCUGAACUUUGCGGAUCUGCGGAAAAGCCACGAGCUGAUCCUCAACGAAAAGGAGCAGGAAGUGCAGUCGGCGCUGGCGCAGUCGAACCGCAACAAAGAGGCCCUCGAUACGGUGGCAGGGGAGCUGAAGCGAUUGCAGCAGCGUGUGGCCGACUCGGACGAGGAGGGCAGCAUACAGUUUGCCAAGCUCGAGGAGAAGAUCAGCGAGCUGAAUGUGCAGGCGAGAAUCACCCAAGCAAAUCUCGUCGCCAGUCGGGCGGAGGUGGAGUCCAAAAACAGGCAGCUGGAGGCGGCAAAUGCGGCCCUGGAGAAGAUCAACCAGGACUAUGCGGCAUCGCGUGCUGAGGCCUCCCAGCUGGAGGAAAGGCUCCAACAGCUCUCCGAGAAACUGCACUCCGAACUGCAGGCGGAGCGAUCCUCGUCGAGUGAGUUUCACACCAAGCUCACCCAAUUCAGCGAGCAGAUGGCCAGCGGGCAGAAGGAGCUGACCAGCAAGGCCGAUGCCUGGGCCCAGGAGAUGCUGCAAAAGGAACGUGAGAUGCAGAAUCUGCGCCAGCAGCUGCACACCAGCCAAGAGGCUCUGGCCAAGCUGCAAGCCGAGGCCGAGCAACGGGAGGCGGCGCUGGCCGAGUCCGUCGAGCAUUUGCAGCAGGAACUGGCCAGGGUGCGGGCGGAUCAACAGCAGCUGAGCAGCGGCACACAGGCGACGAUCGGGGAGCUGCAGGAGCGGCUGGAAAUCACCAACACCGAACUGCAGCACAAGGAGAAAAUGGCCGCGGAAGAUGCGCAAAAGAUCAGCGAUCUGAAGACGCUUGUGGAGGCCAUUCAGGUGGCCAAUGCCAACAUCUCGGCCACCAAUGCGGAGCUGUCCACGGUGCUGGAGGUGCUGCAGGCCGAAAAGAGCGAAACUAAUCACAUUUUCGAGCUGUUCGAGAUGGAGGCGGACAUGAAUGCCGAGCGACUGAUCGAGAAGCUGACGGGCAUGAAGGAGGAGCUGAAGCAGACGCACCAGCAGCACGAGGCGGGGCAGAAGAGGUACGAGGAACUCGAACUGCAGCUGCAGCAACUGCAGCAGAGUGAUCAGCAAUCGCAGUCAGCGUCGCUGGCGGCCACAGAGCAACUGCAUCAGCAGGCCCAGGCAAACGCAGAGCUGCAGAAAACGCUCGAGGAAAAGCAGCAGCUCAUCGCCGACCUGCAGGCAAAACUACUGGCAGCCGAGGAGCAGUUGAGCGCGCAAAGGAACUCCAUUAGGGAGUCGCAAGAGCAGUUGGAAAAGGAUCAGCAGGCGCUGAGCAGGUUCCAGGCGGAUGUCGUCAAGUCCGUGGACGCACUGCAGCAGAUGCAGCAGGCCAAUGAGGAACUGGUGGCUACGCUGGCCAAGAAGGAGACGCUGGUUAAAGAUCUGGAGGCGAAACUGGCCGAAAUCACCGUCCGGCUGGACACCCAACAGGCUGCGUACCAGGAAUGCCUGCUGGAAAUUGAAAACAGCCAGCAAAUGAAGGCCGUUCAACAGGCGGAAUGUCUCACCACCAUAGAGCAGCGCAAUCAGCUGCAAAAAGCCGCGAAAGAGCAGCAAGAGGCCCUCAAUCAGAGGGAAAAUACCGUCAAGGAGUUGCAGCAGGAACUUAAGGAUACCAAAACCCAGUGGGACAGUCAAAGAGUUGCCCUCGACGAGCUGCAGGAUAAGCUGGAGCAGGCGCAGCUCAAGGAGCGGCAUGUCCAAGAGGAGGCGCUCAAAGCAGCCGAGCAGCUGCAUCAACUGCAGCAGGCCAACGAGGCGCUGCAAGCAUCGGUCCAGCAGAAGCAAGGCCUGCUGGAGAAGGGCAACGAAUUCGAUGCGCAGCUCUCGGAGUACCAGAAAGUCAUCGAUGAAAUGGACGACUCGGCCAAGGGCAAGUCCGUGGAGGUGGCAGAGCUGCAGGAAAGAGUCCACGAACUGGAGGCAGCGCUGCACCAGGCCAAGGAGUGCCAAAAGACAGCGAGCCUGGAGUCCAAGCAGCUCAGUCGACAGCUGGAGACCAUUGAAGGGGAAAAGUCGCGCGAGAUUGUGGCACUGAGGGCGCAGGUUAAUGGCGCGUCGCCCAGGGUGACAGUCGGUGAUAAUGCAGAGUCGCUGGACACGGAAACCUCGCUGGCCAAGAUCAAUUUCCUGAACUCCAUCAUUGCGGACAUGAAGCAGAAGAACGAUGCGCUGAUGGCCAAGGUGCAGACGCUGGAAACCCUGCCAAUGGAUUUCACACAACCCCGAGCCUUUGAUAUGCUGACCAAGCGCAAGCCGGCGCCGCGUCUCUUUUGCGAUAUUUGUGAUGAAUUCGACAAGCACGAGACGGAGGACUGUCCGCUGCAGGCUGGUGACGAACGCGAUGACUCGCCGCCGCCGUCCUGGGAACGAAACAAUAAUGAGAACAAGGAACGCAAGCUGCCGGCACCCAGGAAAUACUGCGAUAAAUGCGAGGUGUUUGGUCACGACAGCAGCGAAUGCGCCGAUGAAGAUACCUAUUAGUCCGUAGAACAAUUUCCAACAUCCAUUCAACUGUUUUGUUUUCGCACCUGGCGAUAACUUUUACCUCAGCAGCAGAAGAGCUUCACAGUUGCCUCUGUCUCUGCCCGUCUCUGGCUUUGGCUUUGGCUCCGCUAACACUAAA